AUGGAGCGAAUACGAGAAAGCGGCCGCCGAUUGCACCGAGUCUAUCGGGAAACGAUCGAGUGGAGAAAUCCAAUGACCGGACUCUAUUUGAUGGCCGUCAAUUCAGCGUUCUGGUGAGAUUUUGCAAGUGUUUCGACUGGAAAAUUGAAUGAAUUCUCCCGCCCAGAAUUAGUCGGGUUUGCAGGAUCGGCGUGAUCUACUGUGAUGCGCGAAUCCAGGAGGCCCUGCUCGCCACGUCAUCGGCCUGUGUGCUCGCGUGGGACAUUCUAUUGUCCACCUCCAACGAUCGAUCGAUUAUCACGCACAUUCUCAUGUGGCCAUUCCAGUCGCUCUUCAGGGUGACUAUUAUUUAUGCCGCGUCCAAUGUCUCGGAAAAACCGUAAAAACCGCAGAUUUUUCUGUCCAAAGUCGGCCGAAAUUUGCGUGAAAAACGGGGGUGUGCACAGCUCAAUGAGUGUGACCGUACCCCUAAGACUACGGUAUUUUUUGAAAAUUUGUUAAUUUCUUGAGGUUAUUUGAAAAUAUUCAAAUUUCUUGCGCAAAUUUUCAAAAAAUUCCGUAGUUUUAGGGGUACGGUUACACUCAUUGAGCUGUGCGCACCCCCGCUUUUCACGCAAAUUUCGGCCGACCUUGGACAGAAAAACCUGAGGUUUUUACGGUUCUUCCGAGACAUUGGACGCGGCAUUAGAAUCUUGCGACCAGUGCGAAAGCCGAAAUGCGUUGCGGGUCCCGCCACAAUUUGAGUAUCACUGAGUUCAGCUGUGCUAAUUUUUCAGGGCAUUUGAACCGACACAGCUGAACUUGGUGAUAUCGUUUCUCUUAAAUCGUCGCGGGAAAUGAUUUGUUGUGUAGUUUCACGCUUUCAUCUGUCUUUUUGGCUGUCUGGCAGAGACAGUUUCGCGUCUGCGUCUCUCUCUUUUGGCGCGCAAAUCGCUUUUCCCUCGCCCAGCCGGUCACUUGCGGGUUUAUCAAUUUUUAGUGAUAUUGCUCGCGAUUAGCGUAUCAUUGGCCCAUAUUAACGGAUAAUUAGCUCGUGAUUGAUUAAUCGAGUACCCCAGAUACAUCAGUUCGCCUGUGUCAUACGUCAAUCGCCGUGUACAGUUGAUCAUUCGUCAAUCAUUGAUCCCCAUGUAAAAUUGAUCAAUCGUCGUUUACCUGUGUAGCCUUCAAUCACUGUGAAAAGGCGUUUUUUUUCUAAUUCUGUAAUUAUUGCAGACGUUCUCAGUUGGCGGAUCCAUCUACAGUAUCCAUUUGCUGCGAGCCGAAGAGAUCCGAUUGGCGUGUUAUACCGCCUACGCAACUUGUGAGUGAAUAUUCUGAAAUAUUGUGGAACGUUUCAAAAAAAAAAAUUAUUUUCGCAGUGGCGUGCCUCCUGAUAAAUCCAGUGUGGGAGCACAACGAAGUGAACGCGAAAAUCGGAAAUGCGACGAGAAAGACGGCGAAUUGGAUUGGAAGUUGGGUCGAGGUAACGCUGAAAAUUGGGAGAGCCUCAACGAAAUUGCUCCCCUUUGUUACAGUACCUCAUAAUCACUCCGAUUGUGACCGUCUACAACUGGACCGCCUAUAUUGUGCUGUUCCGAUGGGUGCCACGUACGUUCCUCUCGAUUUAUUCGUAUGAAUUUCCACACUUUUUCAGCCCUCAUCGCCUACAUCAAACAUUUCGUGUUCAAUUUCCGACAAGCGUGUCGGGACCUCGUCAAUGGAAUUAGAGAAUGGUACAUUCAAGCGGUGUACAACCGAACAUUGCGAGUACUGGAACGAAUAAAACGAUUCGGACGAUAUUGGUUUUGUGCGGAAUGGUGGCCGGCACUCAAAGAAUGGCUCAAACUGAAUGUACGCUCGAAAACACUUUCUUUUUCCAGAUUUGUGAACGUUGAAUUUGCACAGCUGGACACCAAUUUUCCAAUCAAAAAGUGUGGGGAACAAAAAUGUUUUUGAAAAACCCCCGUACGCCAGUUAUAAACGGAUCAUUGGAUUUUUACAAUUUAGCCCGCGGAUUAACGAAAUUCAACUGCUUUUGUUGAGAGAAAAUUGGAACGUUUUCUAUACUGACCAAAUGAUGCGAUGGGUUUGAAACUACGUCUCAAAAUACUUUAAUCCAAGUCCAAGAAGCUUGCAAAGUCUGGACCUGUUUGGAUAACGUCUAGGCGCAAAUUUUUAACCUUAAAAAACUGGAAAACAUGUUUACAGGUCGGCGUACCGCUUCGAUACCUAUUCGACCAGCUGUGCUUUGUGUUCGUGUACGUCUUCUGCGCCCACUGGUUCCCGCCGCUUUGGAAGUUCGCAGUCCGCCAGCUCAGGGCUCUCGGAGCAAUUCUGAACCGGCACGUCGUGCAGCCCGUUAAAAUGUGAGCAAAAAUCAUUUUUCUCAACUUUUUGGGUUUAGUUUAUGGCUGGCCAUUUGCCGGCCGCGGCUUUUUUGGCCUACUUCCAGUUGACCGAUCGGGCCUAAAAAACGUUUGGACAUUGUCCUUGGUGUGUAGCAUCUUUAGGGCAAUUUUCAGCUCGAUAGGAUAAUCUGAUCUGGAGAUGAAUUGAAAUCUGACCGCAGCGGCCUAGUUUCAGUUUAUCGCUAGAUGAGAUGAUCCAUUUGGGUCCAAUAUUGUCCUGAAGAUACUUCACACCAAGGGCAAUGUCCAAAAGUGUUCUGGGUCCGAUCGGAGAACUGUUUUUCGUCUCUGUUCUAAUUUUACACAAAAAAAAAUGAAUUUUUCCAGUUUCCUGCUCUGUCAAUUCGAGCGUUUCCGCUGUUGGCUCCGCGACACGUUGCACCGUAUCGCAAUCGCUGUUCGGUAAUUUGAAACAGUAAUCGCUUUUUUUUGUUGAUUUAAUUACUUUUUCAGCGACUCAAUAAUCUGGCCAAUCUGUUGUCUGGUGGUCGAAGUCGGCAAACAAGUCUCGAUUUUUCUGUAUCAACUGCUUCUGGAGGUGAUUUUUGUUUUCAGACGUUUCAAAAACGUCAAGAAAAUAAAAUUUUGUUGCAGCCGGUUGUGAAUUACCUAUACGGACGGUACAAAAUCAUCGAAACAAGUGCGCUCAUCUACAUUUUGGGACCGGUUUGCGAGACGGUCAUUGAUCAUAUUCCCGACAAAAAUCCCUUUUGUGGUUCGACUAACAAAGCGUUUGUCCUUUUGAUUCAUUUGUCAAUUUUCAGACGAAAGCGACGCGGAAUUCGACGGAUUCAUGCCGGAAGUCAACGCGGAAUCGGAUCUCGACGAGAAUUACGAGGCGAAUGAGGAGGAGGUGCAAUCGCAGACGUCUUCUUCGCCUAUUCCGGGUAAGUUAUUUUGAGGCCUCUUCAUUUCGCAACGUACGCUUUGCAACCUCGUGUUUCGCAACAGAGUUGAGCGGAAUUCCGCCUUCCGCUUACCGCCAAAGUCGUUUAUUUUGUCAAAAUUUCUAGUGUUCUUUCGGAAAAUCUAAUCCUCUGGACCAAGGGUUUAUAAAGGGUUCGGCGGAAAGUGGUGUUGAGAGCGAGUGACGCGGUGAAAUCGGGAGCCAGGUAUCACAUUCAUGAAAAAUACAAUCAAAGAGCACCCAGAAACUGCUUUGAAACACCCUUAGUUGCGAAAUAUAACGGUUGUAUUUCCUUACAGUUGCGAAACAUAGCGGUCUCGUUAUUUUCGUUGGAAAAAUAAAUCGGUAUUUUUUUGCAGAAGAAGAAUUCGAAUUCGAGCGAGGUCUCCAAUUUUCGGCGGUCAACGGCUCCGAAUCGAGCGAUGAUGAGUUUGAUUUGAAUGCUCCGAAGGUAUGAAGGAAUUAUAUUGUAAUGCUUUUUUUCAAAUCAUUUUUCCAGAGAUCCCAAGUACGCCGACGACGUCCGAAACGAUCUGAAGUGGCCGGCGACGACGAUUAUGAGCUUUUGGAAUAA